AUGCUCACCAAACUACCGACAGAAUUACUGCAUAUUGUACUCGGUCAUUUACGAUUUCGAGAUUUGGAGACACUUUUGACUAUCCCAGGAAUAGCUCAUGUGGUGAGACAUUGUCUUGUACGGCGAUUCAGGUUCCAAUACCAAGCAAGUUCUUUAUUACGGCAUUAUGAAGCGAUGCCCAAAGAUACCCGCAGUAACCAAGAAACCCGGCAUACGAUAGCGAAUCAAUUACUGGAGCUGAUAUGUCACUCUGUGGAGAAAUGUGCUCGACAGGAUCAACGGGCCAAGUUCACCGAAUUGUUGAGCAGCCUUGAAAAGUGGGUUGUACGACGUGUACUAUCGGGAGAGUUGCCGACUGGCAUGGAGUUGGAUUACGCUGAUUUAUGUCUCGACAUCCGAUACAUGUACCUUCAUCGUCCAGCUGUUCGUGUGUUACAUGAUGCAAAAUAUCGAAGAAGGAGUACAAAGUAUCCACUGGCACCAUUUCUACCUCGAGAAUUCACUUCCAUAUGGCGUCGACAAUGUAGCCAAGGUGCACAAAUGUUGGCUCGAUCCAAUGUCUUAUCGGUUAAUAAUGGACCCCUUUGUCGUGCUCAUGCGACCCGGUUAGAAUUUGCUCGCUUCUUUGGAAAGCUCUUCAAGGUCACUAGUCUAUAUCUCGAAUCCAAUCUCGAUGGUACUUUCCAGGAAUGUGUUCGUGAAGCGCUUGUAUCGGGUGAUGUGGAAAGUUUAAUUGUGAUGCGGAGUGCUUCUGGUAGACAAGAGGAUGUGGAGAGCAUGUGCAUGAUGGUAUCCACGGCAGCAGAGCAAUUAUGGGCAUACCUCAACUCAAUGGGUGAUUUGGUGACGGCUGAUCCCACAUCAGAACAACAAGCUCGUUUGGUACAUCCACCAGUAGGCAUUCAAGAUGAUGACAAUGACGACCAUAACAAUGAUGAUGACGACGACGAUGAUGACGAUGAUGAAGCAUUAUCUUCUCCACCAGAUUGGUUAAUGCCACAACGCUAUACGAUCCAUGAUGAUACCCGGUUAAGACUCAAGAUCAUGGAUGAAUUGUGUCAAAAAGGAUGGUGCUGGUUUGAUUAG